AUGUCUCCUCAGAUCUGGCUCAUCACUGGUACCUCCUCUGGCUUCGGCGGACUUCUCACAAAGGCCGCCCUCGCUCACGGCGACAAAGUCAUCGCGACUGCUCGUGACCCAGCUAAAAUCGCGGACCUAAAAGCCCUCGGUGCUGCUACCCUUGCGCUCGAUGUUACCGACACCGAAGAAAAUGUCAACAAGACUAUCACUGCUGCGGUCGAAAUUUAUGGUCACAUCGAUAUCCUGGUCAACAAUGCUGCUUAUAUCCUUGAGGGUGCUAUUGAAGAGUGCAGUCCGGAAGAAGAGUUCAAAUCCUGGAAUACCAAUGUCUUCGGUGUCACGAAGGUGCUCCGUGCGGUUCUGCCCUAUAUGCGGCUUUGCAGGUCCGGCAUGAUAGCGAAUAUGGGGUCGAUUGGCGGUUGGAGAGGCUACGGUGGAGCCGAAGUUGCACCACUCGGGAUAGAUGUCGUGUGCAUUGAACCAGGUUACUUCCGCACCAAUUUUUUGGCACCGGGACAUCGUACAUCGAGUGCGAAACACAUCGCCGACUAUGACCCUGUGAUGGAGCCUCUGAGGAACAUGUUGUCGGCAUACAAUGGCAAGCAACCAGGGGACCCUGAAAAGGGUGCGCGAGUGAUUGUUGAGAUUUUGACGAAGACAGGAAGGGUGCAGGGGAAGGUCUUGCCCGGCAGAAUCCCAUUAGGGUCGGAUGCAUUGAAGGUGAUUGGAGGGUUUUGUGCGGAUACUGGGAAGACCCUUGAAGAGUGGAAGGAUAUUGCAAGCUCAACGGAUCAUGACGAUGUUGCCAAGAAUUAA